AUGCUGAAGAAGCUGGAAGCUUUGCGACGGCAGGCUCUGCGAAGGAAGAAUGGGCAGUCCGACAAGUGCCCUCGGCUUUUUGUUGAGCGACGUGGUGGCACAGCCGUGAGGGCAGCUGGGAGGCGGCGACUGGCGCCAACUCCAAGCGAAGAUGACUGGGCCCGGUUGGAAGAUGACGAGGGCCUGGUCAACGAUGCGCUUCUGGACUUCUGCUUGCCAAGACUGGCCGCCAUCAGCAGGAGCGCAGGCCGUGUGCACAUCUUCAGUGCCCUUUUCUACACGCAGCUAUCCAGUGGGGGGUGGUCCAAGGUGAAGACCUGGACGAAAAGUCUCAGGCAAGAAUCCCCUGCGGGAGUUUUUGCCAAAGACUUCCUCUUCGUCCCGGCCCACGAUCCGGUGACUGGGCACUGGUGGCUGGCCCUUGUUGUGCACCCGUGGGCGGCUGGUAAACCCAAAGCUGGCGUGAUGGACGUCCCGACCUUCACGCCAGGACACCACGAGACUUUCGUGGCCAUCCUCGACUCCAUUGACCCCGUCCCAAGGCUCCCGGAGUCAUCGGUCAUGAACCCUGAGGAUGCAGAGGUGGCAGCUCAGGCCAUCGUAGCCGCUGGACCCCGCCACGCCGAUGCUGUGAAGCAUCUCCAGGAAUACUUGAAGAAAGAGUGGGAAGACUGUUUCCACGGUGCUGCCGAUUAUGACGCCAGCAAGAUCCAGAGCAUAUCCAUCGCCGUGCCGCAGCAGACCAAUGAGACGGACUGUGGUGUCUAUGUCUUGGAGUUUGCACGCCGCAUGUUGGAAGAUCCGAACAUCCUGGAUUUCAUCGUGGAGUACAAGGCGUCGCCGCCGCAGCUCUCGGCGCCCACGUCGGGACAAUUGCGGGCCAAGUGGCGACGGGUUGGGGCCAGGCUCGAGGGGGAUGCGCAAGGCACGCGGCGGGCUGUAGCCACGCCGGCCAGGGCAGCGGCUCCUUGCAGUGCAGCUGACGGAGAGCAGCCCGUGCGUACAGGCUCUGACGAUGAGCCCGUGACAGUGGUGUCACAUCGAACCGAGAAGUCAGUCCCUCGUGCUUUUGAAUGGUCCUGA